AUGUCCAUGGUCAACGCCUCCAGAGGGAACAAUCCCAGCCGAAAUCAACCCCGAAGCACCACGCCGUUCAAUAAUGGCCCUGCCGUCGCGAGUUCCGGCAUCCCUCGCCCUGUUCUAGAUGCCCAGCAGCAGCCAAACGAGUCCUCUGCCAGUCUCAGCGCGAGCAGACAGAAACAAUCUAAGCGCGAUGAGGCGAUCCGCAGGAAACUGGAGAGCGACCUCUCCAAAAAGAAGACUCUCACGGGCCGGUCACGACAGAUUCGCAGAGCCCCUCCCGGAACUGUGCUUGCCCUCAAGCCCAGCCAGGCUCUCCAGAUCAAGCCUGCCACCACUGUCUCCGAGGCUGCUCAGCUGAUGGCUGCGAAGAGGGAGGACUGCGUGCUGGUUACCGACGAUGAGGACCGGAUUGCUGGUAUCUUCACGGCCAAGGAUCUUGCUUUUCGCGUGGUCGGAGCUGGACUCAAGGCUGCCAAUGUCACGAUUGCUGAAAUCAUGACCAAGAACCCCCUCUGUGCCAGGACCGACACGAGCGCCACGGAUGCGUUGGACCUGAUGGUUCGCAAGGGCUUCCGUCACCUGCCCGUCAUGGAUGAGAACCAGGAUAUCUCGGGUGUGCUGGAUAUCACAAAGUGCUUCUACGACGCCAUGGAGAAGCUGGAGCGCGCAUACUCUUCCUCGAGGAAGCUGUACGACGCUCUCGAGGGAGUGCAGUCCGAGUUGGGCGCCAGCCAGCCUCAGCAGAUUAUCCAGUAUGUGGAGGCUCUCCGGUCCAAGAUGUCUGGGCCCACACUCGAGUCCGUGUUGAACGGCAUCCCGCCGACCACGGUGAGCGUCCGGACCUCGGUCAAAGAAGCUGCGGCCAUGAUGAAGGAAAACCACACCACUGCGGUGCUCGUGCAGGACCAGGGGGCCAUUACGGGCAUUUUUACGAGCAAGGACGUCGUUCUUCGUGUCAUUGCUCCAGGCCUUGACCCGGCCAAUUGCAGCGUCGUGCGUGUCAUGACCCCUCACCCCGAUUUUGCCCCAAUGGACAUGACCAUUCAGGCUGCCCUGCGAAAGAUGCAUGAUGGCCAUUAUCUCAACCUUCCCGUCAUGAACGAUGGCGGUGAGAUUGUGGGAAUGGUGGAUGUGCUCAAGCUGACUUAUGCUACGCUGGAGCAAAUCAACACCAUGUCGAGUGACAAUGGCGAGGGCCCGGCGUGGAACAAGUUUUGGCUUUCCAUCGACCACGAGACGGAGUCGAUGGUGUCUGGCGACGGCAGCCACAGCCAUCACCACGCUCACCAUUCUCGCAUGAUGUCGCCCGAGGCAAACCGCCUUGGAGACAGCGUCGCUCCCAACGACUCUGCAUCGCACAUCGGACUGGACUCGCCUCCUCAUUCCAUCGCCCCAGAGGUGACAACCGCCGACGUUCCGUUUGCUUUCAAAUUCAAGGCACCUUCGGGACGUGUUCACCGGCUGCAGGUGGUUGCAUCGCAAGGCAUAGAAGCAUUUGUGCAUGCCGUUGCAUCCAAGCUUGGAAGUGAACUCGACAGCAUCGGAGGCAUGCCGGAUGUUUUAGAGGGCAGAAUCGACGGUCCUGGGUUUGCUCUCAGCUACAUGGACAACGAGGGUGACACCGUGUCCAUCACCACCGAUAACGAUCUCCUGGAGGCCAUCCUCCUCGCCCGCCAGGCACAUCUCGAGAAGGUUGAUCUCUUUGUCCAUGACUCAGAGAAGCCGCCUACAACACCCUCGUUGGACACCCUGCCAACCCCAGUUUCGUCAUCCACCGGCCUUCGUGAGCGCCGGAGAGCCUACGAGGAGGAAGAGUCAGAGAGCGAGGAGGAGGAAUCCGAGGAGGAGGAGGAGCAGCGGCCCGCGCGCCGUUCGCGGAGAUCAAGGACGAUUGUCCACCAGGAGCAGAUUAUUGCCGGCGUACCCAACGACCUGUUGCUGCCCGGAGCCAUUGUUACCCUUGCGGUGGUUAUAAUUGGCCGCCGCGCACUGGCGUCUCCCUUGCCACGAGCCGUUCUGCGACAACUCUCGACCGAAGUCAAGACGGCGACAGCUUCAACCUCGACCUCGACUUCCAAUGGCCCGGCUCAGGCAUGGCCGGCUCCUCAGUCAGCCGCUGCCCCUCCCAAGAUUGUGUCAUCGGCCAAGAAGAAGCAAAAAAUUGUCGAGGAAGUCAUCAUGACGCUCGGGGCCAACUCUUCGCAGGAGCACCACGGAGCAGCCUGGAGCAAGCCGCAUCAGAGGGGCAAGCAGACUUUGACCCCCGCUCAGCAGUAUGCCGAGUUCCAGAGGAUCCAGAAGAACACGAGGAGCCUUGGCUCAAAACUCGAGAAGCGCUACGUGCCCACGGAAAUCAUUAGCAACCCACCCCGGCCGGAGGACGUUACGCUGGAGCUGUUGAUGGCUUCACAGACACACAUGGGCCACAACACUUCACUAUGGAACCCGGCGAAUUCCCGAUACAUCUACGGAGUGCGACAGGGAAUUCACAUCAUUUCUCUCGAGACAACUGCGGCGCAUCUUCGACGAGCGGCCCGAGUGGUUGAGGAGGUGGCCUACCGCGGCGGUGUCAUUCUCUUUGUUGGUACUCGCAAGGGCCAGAUGGAGAUUGUCACAAAGACAUCUGAGCUAGCAGGCGCCUACCAUCUGUUCACAAAGUGGAUUCCUGGCUCCAUCACAAACCGAGAUGUCAUCCUCAGGACCCAGGGUAUGAAGGUUGUGGAUCAUCUGGACAAGGAACUUGAUGGAUUCGACAUGUUCAAGGGUACGGCAAGACCGAUACUGCCAGAUCUGGUGGUUUGCCUCAACCCGCUGGAGAAUUACACGCUGUUGUACGAGUGUGGCUUGAAGAAUAUUCCUACGAUUGGAGUCAUUGACACAAACACUGAUCCUUCAUGGGUCACAUAUACGAUCCCGGCAAACGACGACAGUCUUCGUUCCAUGGCUUUGGUUGCCGGAGUACUUGGUCGAGCCGGAGAAGCUGGUCAGAAGCGACGACUACAAGAUGCCGCGAGCGGCAACAUCUCAUGGAGCACCUCGCCAGAACUAAGCCGCCACAUGAGGAAGGAAGUGCAGGCUGCCGUCCUCAAGAGAAAGGAGGUCAUGGGCCGGAUGCAGGCCAAUAUUCAGGGAUUUACAGAUGAGGAGAUGAAGCUGCUGAGGUCACAAUAUCUUGGAGAGCAGCAGGACGAGGUGACUGAGGAUGACUUGGUCAACAUGAUGGGAGAGACAGUUGCAGCUGAAUCGUCAACGGAGAAGGCGGCGCUGUCGGGGGAGACGGUUGGCGCGCGUCUGGGCAGCAUCGAAGCGCAGCUGAAGAGCUUGCAGAAGAAUGCUGUUGAGAUUGAGCAAGCUGUGCGAGGAAGUGUAUAA